AUGUGGAUUCCACCGAGAGAAUGCUCGAUGCCAUUCGCAUUAUGGGUGAACGAAACAACGAAAGUUACAUCCCGCUUCUUCCUACUGCAGCAUCGCAAAGGUCAUGGGGGAUUGCGAGGAUUUUCUUCCAUGCUGGUGGGAACGUUGGACAAUGUUCUGGACACAAAGCCAUCCCCAUACAGAAUUUUGCAUUACCAACCGUCGACGGGUUUAUGCUAUGAAAUUGCUGCCGACAUCACACUAGAAGCGAUCAUGCUGGACUGGGAUUGGCUGACGAAAAACUUGUUUCGCGUAAUCAACGAGAUGGAAACGGAGGAAGAGAUCACCAACUUUACCAUCUGCAAGAUCCAAUCGCUACUCGCACACAGCUCCCGGCCCGCCGAAGAACAGAAUGAUCCGACUAGCUUUCAGGUGGCGGUCUGUAAAUUUCGCGAAAAAUUCCGCAUGCCAGAAGAUGAGAAGCUUGUCAACUACUACUACUGUAGCUACUUUCGUAAAAUACCACGCCAGGGUCAGCUGUACCUGUCGCUUAAUCACAUCUGCUUCUACUCGUACAUUCUCGGUUCGGAAAGCAAACUGUGCUUCCGGUACAACGAGCUAACUGAUAUCAAAAAGUCGGGCAACACCAUUACGGUACGGGCGACCCAGCAGGGCAGCAAGGAGUACACGUUCGUGUUUCUCUACUCACCGAGCGAAGCGUACCAGCUGAUCGAACAGCUAAGCAAGCUGACGAUGCAGAAAAUGAUACAAGAUCCGGACCGUCCAAUCGUUGAUCACGAUCCGGUUAUCCUGAAGAAGAUGGAAAAGAACGUUGUGCAGAAGACGCAGCUGCUGCGUGAUCUUACUGCACGCCAACAGUCGGACGAGUAUCGAAUACAUUUUCGGGUGCCAAAAACGGAGAUACUGGACGGGAUGAUAAAGGCAUCCUUAUGGGCACCUUACACAAAGAAACACGUGAAUGGGGUGCUUUAUCUGUCCCAGAACUAUCUGUGCUUCAAGAGUGAUGUCUCCGCGAUGGUUGCAUUAGUCAUACCGUUGGCUAAGAUUGUUAGCGUUGAGAAGAACGACGAUCCGCACAAUCGUUUUAGCAAUCGAAUAAUUAUUACCACUUCGGAUGGAAACAUCUUUGUCUUGCAGCACAUUUUGGACCGAGAGUUUUUAAUAAAUAAAAUCUCCGAAUUGCUGUCCAAAACCGUUCCACCUGCAUCACGCGUUCACGACGACCUGGAUUGGAUAAAACAGGAACCCCUGAUGUAUCUCUACAAGGAUCCAAACAAUCGCGCGUUCGACGAUUUACAGGCGGAAAAGAUGAAACGCUGGGAAGAACAUUUUUCGUUGUAUGGGCGAGGCAUCUCUAUGUUUCGCACUACCGAAACAAUUAACCUCGUAAUCGAGGGUAUUCCGGAUCAGUUGCGGCGCGAAGUGUGGCUCAUCUUUUCCGGUGCAGUACACAUGAAAAUGAUGCAACCGAACCUGUACCAGGAGCUGGUGGCGAAAGCAAAAGAUCAGAACCCGGUAUCGUUCGAGGAGAUCGAGCGUGAUCUACACCGCUCGUUACCGGAACAUCCAGCCUUUCAAACGAGCAUUGGCAUCACGGCUCUUCGACGGGUAUUGCAAGCGUAUGCACUACGCAAUCCCGAGAUUGGCUACUGCCAGGCGAUGAAUAUCGUUUCGUCCGUGUUUCUCAUCUACUGCGAUGAAGAGGAUGCAUUUUGGAUACUGUGUUGCCUUUGCGAGUCGCUGCUGCCGGACUAUUACAACGAUCGGGUGGUAGGGGCUCAGAUUGAUCAGGGAUUGCUGGAUGAGUUGAUUGCCAGCCAUUUACCGGACCUGCACGUGAAACUGUCCGACCUCGGUAUGAUACGGAUGAUUUCACUCUCCUGGUUUCUGACCAUCUUUCUCAGCGUGAUGCCAUACGAAAGUGCCCUGCACAUAAUCGAUUGCUUUCUGUGCGACGGGGCAAAAGUGAUCUUUAUUAUAGCUUUAAAAAUUCUCGAAUGGAACCAGGAAAAGCUGCUGAACUGUAACGAUGAUGGGGAAGCAAUGCAACUGCUGUCCACCUUUUUGAUGGGCAUCUUUAACGAUGACGAGCAACGGAUCAAGAUCGAGGAUAAGGAAAAGCAUCAAAUUAAGAGUCAAUCGGUACAGAUGCUCAUCUACAAUGCAUAUCUAAAGUUUGGUAAGGCCAUAACAUCACAAAAAAUUGAAGAAUUGCGCAACAAACAUCGCAGACUGACCGUACAUCAGCUGGAGAAAGAUCUGGAAAAUAGUGUGAUAAAAAACUAUAAAGACAAUGGUUAUUUCGAUAGUGAUGAGCUGCGAAUGCUGCUGUGCUAUACGAAGGAUGAGAAGAUUAGUUUGAAAAAUCGCACGCGGCCAACCUCGGUGAAUGGUGGCGAACCCGUGUACGAUAUCACUGUGCUAAACGACGCAAAGAAACGGUUCCGCGACAAUCGGUACGAUUGCUUCCGAGUGGAUUAUGAUACGUUUCGUAAGUUGUUCGUUGAUCUUACACCGUGGGGUCAUUGUCAGAAUAUCGAUAUAUCGGAAAAACUGUUCCGGCUGAUGGACAAACAAUCUUGUGGUUAUCUCGAAUUCAAACAGUUGAUCUUUGCCAUCGGUAUCAUCUGUUCGAAGCGAGCGACGGAGAAGCUAAAAUUGUUGUACAUUCUUCACCUGCCACCGCUAUUGACGGCCCAAGAGCUGGAAUCUAGCAGCGCCGGAGAAUCUCGUGACUCAGACACGGAAGUGGCCACCGAAGCGGAAAGCUUCUUUAGCGACAAUCCGCUCGAAACGCUCAAAUCGCUACCGUCCCCGAUCGACAUAAGUCUGGAGGCAUCGUCGGAUGUGGAAAAUCUUUCCCUAUCCCAGUUCAAUGCUACCACACCGAACCUAUCGAUGGACGAUUCUCAUUCGCACAAUGCGGAAACAUCUUCCAUUUUUUACGUUGAGUUGCCGGUGGCAAGCUCUAGUGGUUGUGGUGCCGGAGCUAGCACUAGCAACGCGUCUGGCGCAAACGUAGGCGAAGCGGAAUCUUUUGGCUCCCGGUCGGACAUGAGUGAUCUGGGCUUUCAGCGAUAUAGUAGUCUGGAUGAAAGUGCGAGCCGCCGGCACGAGGCACGUAGCAUCAGCGGGUUGCGCAUCUUUCUCGACGAACCCGAUUCGAACUUUACGUCAAAAACCAUUCCCAACAUGACACAGAAGAACUUUAUCUCACUGUGGACGACGCUGCUAGAGAUUUUAAACAAAGAGAAGAAAGUAACCGAUCAGGAGGUGCAAGAGUCAUAUAAAACUCUAAUAUCGUACGGAGAAGACGCUAUCGUGAGUCGUAGGGAUGAUAGCAACGAUAGCUUCACUCAGCUAGCAAUGGAAGGUGCCGAAGUGUUUGACCCCAAUGGUAACCCUUCGUCAUCCAGCUCGGAACGUACACCAAGGCACAGUUCGGCCAAUGCUCCACCGGAAGCGAUCUGGGAAAUUUCAAUCGCCCAGUUCGUGGCCACCGCCGUGUCAGUCGGCAUUAUUGAGGAACAGUUUUCGCUGCCUUUCUCGAUCAAAUCGCGUGUCGAGACGUUACAGAAAAACCGGCGAAAGUGCAAAAGCUAG